AUGGCCGAACAGGUUGAGCUCGAGGAGAUUAUCGAUGAGGACUAUGAGCCCACCAGCGAAGAGAUUCAAGACUACUUUCAGGUGCUAGGCCUAGACUGGGACGAAGACCAGGACCUGCGAUGGAUCGCCCGUGAUGCUCUCAAGGCCCCUCUGCCAGAGAACUGGAAGCCUUGUGAGGACACAGCCAGCAAGGAGAUUUACUACUUCAAUUUCAAAACGGGCGAAUCGCUCUGGGAUCACCCCAUGGAUGGUCACUUUAUUGAGGUAUAUUUGCCAUGCUGA